GGGCCCGAGACUACUAUGUACGACAGAGUGGACAAGGCCCUCGCCGGCCGUGCCGCUCCAUCAAUUCUCCUCCCAUUGCCCCGACCCCUCCCGGCUGCCAUCGGCGGGCAAAUGCUAUGCAAAUAGCGUUCGCGCCCGGACGGGUGCUUUCUUUUCGGGCACGCAUACGUCCAGAUCACGAUCUCGACCUUGUCUUUCCAACGCAUCUUUGCACGAGACGUCUCAUGCACGCGCCAAGUCCAGCCGUAAACGAGAAACACCCUGCGGUGAGCUACCAUCCGGAGCGUUACAAUCGGAUUGACAUUGUACGAUCAGAGAUGCGUCAUGGGCGCCAAGUCGUGUCCGAAUAGCUGUGCUCCCUUGGGCCAUAAGGCAGUGAGGCAGAUAGCCGUCCUGGCGGCGGCUGUAACCCUAUCACGACAUGACAUGAAUCUAAGUUUACGAGGGAUCGCACGAGGGAGGCAUAAUCUGGGCACCGCCGCACAGCGCACCUUUAAAACUCCACGUGCUGGCAUUCAGAUGAUCUGCCCUGGACAGAGGGAAUGGAAGGAGACGGGUCGCAGGCUGCUGUGAAUCUACACAGCAGGUUGCCAGCUGUGACCUAGUUAAGUAGAAGGCGCAUUCCAGCUCAGACACAUGGGACAUAAGACCUGGCAUGAGAGAGGCUGGAGCUCGAUCCCUUUCCCAGGGCAUUCUUGGGGUUGGCUGUCGCGUGGAGGGUUGGUGCGUGCAAGUCGCAAGAGAUUCUCUUGAUCGACGAGGUUCUGGAGCGGCAAAUGAUCCUUCCCGAGCAUCCACUCAAUACCAUGAUCUCCCUCAUCGUCGGCGUCGGUGCCAUGAUUGCGCGUGUCGGUUGGCAGUGUACAUUGGUUGUCGCAAGAAGCUGGGUGCGGGAAGUGACAGGUAGCUGUCGGCAGGGCAACGGGCAGUGCUCGGAAAUCGUAGUCGACCCUGGAUGGCUUCGAUGCACGCCGAUCGUACCCAUGUAUCUUCUUGGACGAGGUGCUUCCAUGUUCCGCGGUGCCAUGCGAAAUGGAUGCGCGCUAAGGGAGUGA